CAAUUAAACAUAAGUCUUCCUUUGGCAUAGCAACGCACUAAGCUUGCGAUUUUUCCAAAAUUUUCUCCUGUACCAAUGGAGUCUCAAAAGAAGAAGUGGGAAAAGUGUAUCAGAAUGUAAAAGCAUGAGCUCUUAUUGGUGUCAUGGCCAAUAAAUUCCCUUCAUGCGAAGACCAGGGAGACGAGGACAACAAAGAUGUACCAAGUGAGGACGAGAGUGGAAUACUGUUCUAUGUGAACAAAGAUGGUUUUCCUAUUAGUAAGAAAACUUGGGAAAGAAUGUGGCGUCAUGUGGAGAAAAUACAUCCGAAGGGAGCACAAGUUGUGCAGAGUGUGAGAGAAAGUGAACAACUAGCAAAGGUUCCAUAUGUAGCUGUACCUGUGUUUACACCAGUCAUGUCAGUGGAGGAGAAGCUAGGAUUGAUUCAAAACUACCUACAGCAACUGCAAUAUAAUCAUACAGGGACUCAAUUUUUUGAGAUUAAGAAGUGGAGACCAUUGACAGGGUUGAUGGAUACAGCAAGGGAAAUUAUAAAAGAGUCCUUACCCAUUAAAUGCCUUGAAGCUGUUAUUGUAGGAUUGUAUUUUACAUGUGGUAUGACUGAGAUGCAGCGGUUUACCAUCAGUUUUAAAACACAGUUCAAUGGACACUACUACAGGCAUGUGGUGCUUGGAGUACACUACAAUGGCAAAUUUGGGACAUUGGGAUUAAGCAGAAGAGAUGACCUCAUGUUCAAGCCCUUGAAAUUUAAAAGUCUCCUGGAUUUACUUGAUGACUUCACAAAGUCAUAUAACAAUUAUCUUCAUAAUGUAAAGAAAAUAAAACUGAGUCUUCCUGUAGUUCAUGAUAUUCACAGCUGUGAAAGAAUUCAGUGGAAGUACCUGACUUUGAGUCCACUGAAGACAAGUCAACCAGAAAUGAAGAGCAUCUUGGAUAGAUUCACCCGAGAAAUCAGAGUAUCGUUUCAUUCCUAUCAGAUCAGUUCUCCAAGGAAGCCUGACGCCUCCAGUACGCUGACUCAAACAGAGAAAGCAAAGGGUUCAACACAACUUUCACCGCGGAAGGACAGACAUACGCCGUCCAGUCCUUCGCGAGCGUACCAUGUCAGAGUAUGACGUUAUGUUGAAGUGGCAUCUGUCAAUCAUUCCCACUUCAUACUGGCAUACCGCUGGUAACUUAUGACACAGCGUGGAACAGUCACAUGGCUCAACAGUAAAACCAACGACCACACUGAAGGAGAUUCCCGUACUUAGAAUACGUCGUAGAGCUGUGCCUAGGGGACUGGGCACGUUUUAAAAGUCGUUCAUACCUAUAGAGUCAUCGAAGUCAGAAGGAUUAGGCGCCUUCGUCAGAGAGUGAAGUUUAUCACCUCGUUUUCUAACACAAGGAAACAUCUCUUUUUCUAGUCAACUCUUCAUUGAGGGCAAAUUACAGUUUUUCAUAUUAAAGUGUAUUAUAAAUAAACUCUCAAUAUACUGGAAAAAUCGUUUCAAUCAUUUGUUACUACUAUUAAUCAUUUUUGAAGGAAAAAUUCUCACACGAAAACGGAAAAAAUAUCCAAAAUUUCAAGCUUUCCUUCCUAGCUGUAUCAUGCGUUAGUCACUCUAACCAUUUACACUCAAGCGAGUUAUAUCUUUAGACUUCUCCGGUCUUCAUCCUUUCUGAAAGGGAUUUUAAGUUUGUGUUAUUUUUGUAAACGUUUUAGGUGUAAUACAUGAAACUUUCCAAAUUUUUGCGUUAUGUUGCAGCGUUCCCGACGUAUGUGAAUAUGCGGGGCCUACUUCGACGAAUGAAACCGUGUAAUUGCUGUUAUAUCUCCAAAGGAAUAUUAAACAUUUAGUAGAGAAA